AUGCCCCCCCAGGAAACAUCACCAUUACUCCAUACCGGACCAUCGCAAGGCACGUUGAAACCAAAACCAAGUUAUCGCUCAGUCGUUACUCUCCUGACUACUUGCAACCUUUGCCUCGCCGGAGCGAGUGCUUUCCUUAGUAUCCCAGUGACGCGACUCAUCGAAGACAAUCUCUGUCAUCGCUAUAUCAAUGGCUCGGUGGAUGAGAAGCACUGCAAGACGGACCGCAUCCAGUCCCAGUUGGCAUACCUGAACGGCUGUUUGGCUCUCGUCGAAGCUCUCGUUGGCCUUGUCACUGCGUUUCCCUUCGGCAUACUGGCUGACAUUCUCGGUCGCAAGCCUAUCGUGUUCCUCUCCACUCUGGGAUCCUUGCUUUCCCUGACGUGGACGCUGGCUGUCAUUGGCCUUCCGCAAUUCGUGCCGGUGCAUUUGAUUCUGAUCGGACCGCUCUUCACCGUCGUCGGUGGCGGAAGUACCGUUAUAAUAGCCAGCCUGUUUUCCGUCUUGUCAGACGUGGUGGAUGAAGGCGAUCGAGCGUCGGCUUUUUCUAUCAUGACUUUUGCAAGUUCGUUCGGUGCUUCCCUCGGUCCCGCGGUAUCCUCACUGCUCAUGGACAUUUCCUCGCCCUGGUUGCCGGCCUUGAUCGGAACUGUUGCAGUGCCAGCCGGCGUGAGCGUGCUAUUAUGGGUCCCGGAAACAUUGCCUGCAGUAACGCAGAGCCGAUCGGCAGACGAACAGCAAACCUCGCUCAAAUGGCGUCUGUCUCAGUCUCUGACCCGGGUACAGUCCUCCUUCGCGAUUCUCAGACACCCAUCCGUCUUCCCCAUCCUCGCAACCUUCCUGGCCCGAAUGCCUGAAGCUCUUGCCACCUCACAGUUCUUUGCACAGUACGUGAGCAAGCGAUUUGACUGGUCCCUCGCCGGUGCGGGGUAUUUGCUUGCACUGCGCGGUUUCAUCCAGAUGGUCGUUCUACUCGGGGUACUGCCCGUCUCGUCGAGGCUCCUCGGACGGUGGCAGACCUCGGACUCCCGAGACCUGGUCAUUGCGCGCGCCUCCGCCCUGGGAGCGGCCAUGGGAGCGCUCCUAAUGGCGACUGCGAGCAGCCAAAUCGUAGUGACAGGCCUGGUGCUGCAGACAUUGGGCGCUGGUCUGGCACCGUUGUGUCGCUCGCUGGCCACCGGCUAUCUCGCCGCGCGGGAUACGUCGAAGCUCAAUACUCUGAUUGGCAUGGUAGAAACAGCGGGAGCAUUGGUGGCGGGGCCUUCGCUCGCCUGGCUCUUCGACUGGGGUCUCACCCUUCAGGAUGUCUGGCUUGGUUUACCUUACUUUGCUUUGACAGUGGCCUUUCUACUCUGUCUGCUGGGAUUAUGUUUUGUUCGCAGUCCUGCGUCUAGAUCUCGCGUUUCUACAUGA